AUGGCAGUAAGUCUCCAGAAUGGGAGAGAUUUAGGCAAAGAGCAGGAGGGUCAAGAUGAAAAGGGUAAGGCUAAGGUAAAGGAACAAGCUGCAGAACAGGUGGUGCCUCUUGUGCCACAGAACCCCAACAGAGAGAAGCCAGCAAGCAGUGUACAAAGGGUGAUACCUGCACCAUUCCCUCAGAGACUGGUAAAACAAAGGAAGGAAGAUCAAUACAAGAAAUUCAUGGACAUGCUGCAUCAAAUUCAGUUGAAUAUUCCUUUGAUGGAUGUCUUAAAGGAGAUGCCAGGACCUAUCCACAGUGACUCUGACGCAUACCUGCAGUGCAGUAGUGACCAGACCAAUGGCUCAAAAGAUGUCCGACCCAGAGCUAGACCGACUUCGAUGCUGCUGCAGUUGGCUGACUGCACGGUAAGAAGGACUACUGGGAUUCUUGAUGAUGUGUUGGUGCAAGUGGGGAAGUUCGUGUUCCCUGUAGACUUUGUUAUUUUGGACUUGGAGGUAGUGGAUGUGAUCCUGCAAGAAGAUGAUGUGACCCUGACUGCUAAAGAUCCAUUGGAGACAUGUUUGACAAAUUUAAAAGAUAUGGAUGGUGAAGGAUUAGCUGAGUGGGUCAUGGCACUUGAAGGCCACGGAUUCUGGAAAAGGGAACCUUAG